AUGAACGAGAUUCCGAUAAAUGAAGAUUUCGUUAUGAAGAUAGUGGUGAAACAGGAUCCGAUAACCAAAGAAGCAUUAGCAACUAUCAAAAUCGGUAUGGAAGAAGAAAAAAAACAUCAAUCAGAACUUUUGCCUUCACUAAUCAGUAAAUUAGUGAGGUCUGACAACACUUUCAUUCCAGACCUCUCAAACCGGAACAGUAUUGUUAGUGGUUCUUGUGCGAUCGGUCAAGUGAGACGAGGACCGAAAUGUGUGACUCCU